ACCUGCGUUCACCCGGCAACGCCAAAUGAAACACACCACCGCCUGCGCAACCACCCCAACCAUUAUCACCGCAUCACCGUCAUCGCCGCCGUCUUCACCUCUUUUGGUAUAUUUGAUCAUGAAGCGUGCAGCCUCAGCCUGCGAAGAUGGCACAGCGCGCAAACGUUGUCGUCGCGCCUCCACAUCUACCCCGCUCGAGUCGUUCGAUCCCGUGCAGUGGCUUGAGUGGGCAGAGCGCGCGCGCUCCAUCUCCGCCUGGGCCUGCAGCGUUGCCUCGAACCCUCCUCGCAGCGAUUCCUGCAAUUCCUGCGAAUCUCCCCCUGCCAGCGAAGCUGAGGUGCCAGACACCAUGUCCGAGAGCUCGAGACUGCGAGACAUGAAGACGGCGCAGCGGGCGCGCCCGCGGUCCUGCAGCCCGACGAAGAAGAGCUCCCAGUAUCGCAACAUCGUCCUGAAGCCUGCCAACAUACUCGUCGAUGUCAUCCACGUUCUGCCGCCCGACGUCGAAGCGCUUCUCCCCAGCGAUCUACGCGACAUCCUUGAUCCUCCCUCGCAUGCUCCUCCCUCGAGCCCCCGCACGCAUGCCGACGCCGCUACCGCUACACACAACGAGAAUGCUGAGGAGGAGAAUAACGCCAGGACAAGGGAACUGGCGGACAGGGUCAGGGAGCUCGCGGCUGUGUAUCUGUUCGAGUGCCGCCUGCUAGCAGGCAAGCCAGGCUCCGAGCCCGAAUACCGGACACACCUCUACAGCGACGUAGUCGAGAAGCUCGCGCGAAUCCCCGCCUGGUGCCGCGUCCUCAGCGCCAGCUGCAGCGACAAGCUCUGGCGUGCCUCGCUCAAGCCGGCCCCUCCGAAUCCCAUCCUCGCCCUGCCCUCCUCCACCUGGCCAUCUCUGCCGCCCAACCCCAUCGUCGCCGCGAAGCCUCCCCAGGGCGCAUCGUUUGAGUCGACACCAAACACGCUUGAUUCCGACGUCGUACGCAUACGGCCUGAUGGCCGCGCCUUCAACUUCGCCGGCCCGCCCGCGUCCACCGCACCAAGCGAGUCCUCCACUGCCAGCGAGCUCGACGGCACGCUCACGACGCCAAAGCCAGACAUAACCGUUGGGAUCUCUCGAGAGGCCUUCAGCCGCGCCCAUGCAGGCCUGCUUGAGUACUGGCAGGCUAAGGAGACCGUCGUCAGCGAUCCGCAUGCCACGCAAGGCGACAUGCGAUUCCCCUUCCUCAUCAUUGAGGGCAAGGGCCUGGUGACGAACGGCAACCUCAUUGGCGCUCAGAACCAGGCCGCUGGGGGCAGAACCUGUGCAAUCAGGGUGCUGGAGUCACUGGCAGAGCAGGAUCCGGAUCCUGCAGCCGAUGGGCCGCGCAUCGUCUUCAGCGUCACAACUGAGGGCGUUAUCCAUGAACUCUGGGUCCAUUACCGUGUGGUGGACGAGGACGACGUUGUGAAGCAUCACAUGACGUGCCUGGGAGCCUGGAGGAGCACGCUUGAGCGCCAUACGAAUGAGCUGGUGGCCGCGCUGGCAUGCAUUCUUGAAUGGGGGGUGGAGGUGUUCCAUGGGCAAGUCAGGCAGGUGUUGGAUAGAGUAUUAGCUAAUGCAGUAGCUGUGCAGUAAAUAUAUAACGUACUUUACCUGCGAACGCCCCACACCACCGAACGCCCCAAAAAUGCUAAGCUAGAAAAAUCAACAGGUAUUUCUUAAAUAACUAACGUACUUCACUAUCGAAAGCCCCACACCAUCGAACACCCCAAAAAUGCCAAGCCCCUACUAAAUGCCACCAUCUCUAUCAUGAAGCCCUCCACAAACGCCCAAUCGACUUCAGACGAAUCCCGGAUACAGCUUGCGCUCCAGGCUAUUCAACAGGACCCAGAGCUAAGCUUGCAGCGCGCUGCAGCUCUCUAUAACGUACCGUAGGAGAAAGUCCGCGGUUGACGCGACGAAAUCGCUCUACAACGCAAAAAGACAUCUAAUUAAACAAAGUUUACUAUAAACAAAGAGCAGGCAAUAGUUAAGUAUAUA